CAACUCUGACAUCACCCUCCACCAACCCUCGGCCGUUGAAUCCCUGUUCCAACAGACAGGUAUCAACCUCAUUCUUGUGACAGAAGAUACAGUCGAGUCCUGCGAUUACUGCCCACCAUGGGGAAGUAUAUCCUGGCCGUCAACGCCGGCUCGUCGUCCGUCAAAGUCACCUUCUAUACCUUUGAGAAUCCCCCGCAAGCCAUCGCCGAUGCGCAAGUCUCGGGCAUCACAGCCCCGCCACCCACGCUCAAAUACCAGCGUGGCCCGGUGAAAUUGAAGGAGGAGCUGAAAGAGAAGCUGAAUACCCCACAGGAUGCAUUCAAGUACAUCCUACAGCGCUGCUUCAAUGAUCCCGAGCUCUCCGAAGUAGCCAGCGACAGCGAUCUGGCCUACAUCUGCCACCGAGUGGUGCAUGGUGGGGACUACCACGAGGCUGUGAAGAUCAACGACGAGACACUCCAUCAUCUGGAGGUUUUGGAGGAUUUGGCACCGUUACACAAUUUCUCCGCCCUGGAAAUCGUGCGCCUGUGCAAAAAAGAACUCCCGAGCGUGACAAGUAUCACCUACUUUGAUUCGGCCUUCCACCAAACCCUUCCCGACUACGUGAGGACAUACCCUAUCAACCAGGAAGUAGCCAAGGCAAAUGGAUUGCGGAAAUAUGGCUUCCACGGAAUCAGUUACUCCUUCAUUCUGCGCUCAGUCGCUCAAUUCUUGGGUAAACCCCAAGAGCAGACCAACAUCAUUGCGAUGCAUAUCGGAAGUGGAGCUUCAAUGUGUGCUAUCAAGGAAGGCAAAUCAAUUGAUACUACCAUGGGCCUGACUCCAUUGGCAGGACUGCCAGGCGCGACACGCAGCGGCGAUAUUGACCCUUCGCUGGUGUUCCACUACACCAGCGAAGCCGGGAAAUUGAGUCCUGGUAGCACCAAGGAAAUGCACAUCAGCACGGCAGAAGAAAUCCUGAACAAGCAAUCCGGCUGGAAGGCUCUAACCGGUACGACCGAUUUUUCCAAGAUCGCGGUCGAGAAAUUCCCCUCCGAAGCCCACAAGCUCGCCUUCGAUAUCCUCGUGGAUCGACUGCUAGGGUACAUUGGUAACUACUACGUGAAGCUAGGCGGGCAAGUAGAUGCCCUCGUCUUUGCUGGUGGCAUCGGCGAGAAGAGUGCACUACUACGGCAAACGCUGGCCGAGAAAUGCCAGUGUCUGGACAUAGCCAUUGAUGCGAAGGCUAAUGACAAGGGGCCGGAAGAUAAAGAGACGGUCAAGGACAUCUCCCAGGAUGCCGGCAAGGGGCCUCGAGUGCUGAUCUGCCAGACCAAUGAGCAGUUUGAGAUGGCAUACCACGCUAUUCAAUCGCACCUUUGAGAGCAAUUGAGUUGAAAGGUUUGGUAGACAUGACUGGCUACAGGAUACAGCGACCGAAAAAUGGUCCUGCCUAUAAUUCCAAAUCAGAUGUGAUAGGUGUGGUUGACGAAAGUACCAAAGCAGAAACUUGUUAAUGAGACACGGAUCAUGCGACAAGUAUAUGGGACCAGAAUGCGUCAACCCUAAUCUCAUAAAGGAUCGAUUGAGUUUCAUGACUUGAGGUCAAGCACGCAUGCUCAAUUAGUACGCAGCAACGUUCUUUUGCAACUUGCACUCGAUACUCUAUACAUAUGUAGUCAUGAUUCAUUCCAACCUGUUCAUUCCAGCCCUCCACAAUGAACAAGGUUCCUACAUACCAACAUCUUCCUUCCACUAAUCAGGCCACUGAACGGAAAGCUAAGACGGUCGGUUUGGGCUUUGUUUAUUGGGAUUGGACAGCGAGAGAAAAAUUGGAAUGAUGUGAUGCAUCAUCUGGACCCAGACAGUCGGACACGACAGCUUGCAUCGGGGGGAAUCCCUUUACCCGAUCCCCGAUCCCCAACAUUCAGGUAGGUUUGGUGAUCCCCUAGCUUAAUGCACGAUAUGGGAAAGUGGGAAAGAGUGUGAUGUGAGAGAUUUCGAUCGCGGAAACAAAAUAAAGUACUGUACUUUUGGGUGUGUGUAGGGACUGGAGACGAUCGGUCGGGUCUGGAUGUUCGGGAUGGCCGAUCUGUAGGAUGGACGAUAGAAGUACGAGGGAUCUAGGUCUGAUGGGAGUUACGUUUGUUAGACAUGUUUGAUAUGAUAUCUGAUGUCCGAUUCCUGUAUACACC